UGACUGUGUGGGAGUUUCUCUUGUUUCUUGGCGUUGAAGAAAAAAAAAAAAAAAAAAACAACAGCAUCUUCAUCACCACUUGACGCCAGCGAUCAGGAAGCCCUUUGAGGCUGACUCUGAUGAGGGUUGCCCAUCCACACAUCCAGCACCAUCCUCCAAACAUACCCAUCACAGCAGAGACCCGCAGCUUCUGGAGAGUGGAGAGUAAGAUCUAUGGUUUAGUGCUGAUGGCGCAUUCAGAGUUGUUUGAAACGAGGGCGCCCCCUGAAGAGGCGCAUUCUCUGGAGCUGGAUGUUCUGGGUUUCCUGGAGCCGUUCGGGGAGGAAAACAGCACAGCAGAGCGAUGCUUUCGCUCACAUUCCCGUAGCAGUGUCCUCCAGGGUCUGCCAUUUGGUGGAGUCCCCACCGUCCUCGCCAUCAACGUGGUGCUUUGGAUGUUUCUAUUGCUUAUCUUUUCUUGCCUGAGGAAGGCUGCAUGGGACUAUGGUCGCCUGGCUCUGCUGAUGGAGAAUGACAGUCUCACAUCCUUGUUUUACGGAGAACCAAGUGAAAAAGAGAAGUCUCCGUCAGAAUCCAGCCCCUCAGACACUGAGACCAAGGACAUGGGCUUCUGCUCAUGGCUUUCAUCUCUUUACCAUAUGAAGGACGAGGAGAUCCGUAGCAAAUGUGGCAUUGAUGCCGUCACAUACCUGUCCUUCCAGCGCCACAUCAUCCUGCUCAUGACAAUAGUUUCUCUGCUGUCUUUGGCUGUAAUCCUGCCGGUCAACUUUUCCGGGAACCUCCUGGGAAACAGUCCUGAAAACUUUGGAAGAACAACACUGGCUAAUGUUAGCGCAAAGGACAGCUUUCUGUGGCUGCACAGCAUCUUUGCUCUGGUUUACUUCAUCAUCACAUUGCUGUGUAUGGCUCACCACUGGAUACGGCUGGAGUACAAAGAAGAUGAGAAGGUAGCCAGGACAUUGAUGAUUACCUCAAUACCAAGAGAGAUUUCUGACCCAGGACUCAUCACCAAGCACUUCCAUGAGGCCUACCCCAGCUGCACCGUCACCGAUAUCCGCUUCUGCUUUGAUGUUCAAAAGCUGAUGAAGCUGGACCUGGAGAGACGCAAGGCAAUGAAAGGCAGGCUGUAUUUUGCUACAAAAGCCCAAAAGGAGGGAAGGAUCAUGAUAAAGACCCAUCCAUGUGCUCAGAUAUUCUGUUGUGACAUAUGUGGCUUUGAAAAGGUAGAUGCAGAACAAUACUACAGUGAAUUAGAGGAGAAGCGAACAGAUGAGUUUAAUGCAGAGAAGAAUCGCAUCUCCAUGAAGAGGCUGGGCAUUGCUUUUGUGACUUUUCGAGACGAGAGGAUGACAGCUGUCAUUGUGAAGGAUUACAGCCGUGUGCACUGUCGUCGCAGACCCCAGCAGUCCAGCAUCACUACUGUGGUGCAAUCACACAAAUGGGGUGUCAGCUACGCACCUGCUCCCAGUGACAUCAUAUGGGAAAACCUGUCAGUGUGCGGAUCUCGAUGGUGGCUCCGCUGUGUCCUCCUCAACAUCCUCCUCUUCCUGCUGCUCUUCUUCCUUACCACUCCUGCCAUUAUUGUCAACACAAUGGACAAGUUCAAUGUCACAAGGCCCGUGGAGAGUUUGAGGAGCCCAGUUAUUACCCAGUUCUUCCCAACCCUUCUGCUGUGGGCGUUUUCAGUGCUUCUGCCCUUCAUCGUCUACUACUCCGCCUUCUUUGAGUCUCACUGGACAAGAUCUGGUGAGAAUCAAGUCACAAUGCGUAAGUGCUUUUUGCUGCUGGUUUUCAUGGUUAUCAUCCUCCCCUCACUUGGUUUGUCCAGUCUUGACCUUUUCUUCACGUGGCUAUUUGAUGUGAACUUCCUGGAGGAAAAGGAGGUCAAGUUCCAGUGUGUAUUUCUUCCUGACAAUGGUGCAUUCUUUGUUAACUACGUGAUCACCUCAAGUCUGAUUGGCACAUCUAUGGAGUUGCUUCGCAUCCCAGCGCUUACAGUGUACAUCCUCCGCCUCUGCUUUGCAAAGUCCCAAGCUGAGCGGAUUCAUGUGAAACGGAGUCAAGCUUAUGAGUUCCAGUUCGGCCUGGAGUACGCUUGGACCAUGUGUAUCUUUGCUGUCAGUAUGACCUAUAGCAUCACAUGUCCAAUCAUUACGCCCUUUGGUUUGCUCUAUGUGAUCCUGAAGCAUAUGGUUGAUCGAUACAACAUAUAUUAUGCAUAUGUUCCCACCAAACUCAACCAGGAAAUCCACAGAGCAGCCAUCAACCAGGUUAUCGUGGCUCCCAUUCUCUGCAUGUUUUGGCUGCUCUUCUUCUCUGUGCUCAGAUUAGGUCUAGGUCAUCCCAUCACCCUCUUCACCUUAGCAUCCCUGAUCUCCUGUGUUGCCUGCUACCUUUUCCGCUUGUGCCUUAGGAAGACACCAGACAAGUCGACAAGCUACCAGAUGUCUGAUCAGCCAGUAGAAGGAACGUUCACUGAUGCAGACAGAAAUACUGUGACAUCCACCACCGCCUCCAGUAUGUUUGUGGCAUCUGUGCUGCUGGAGCCAGAACUGGUUUUAACCCCGAUGCCCUCUCCGGCUCACCACGGUUAUGGUGCCAUGGCCAGCUCUCGGAGUUCAAGUCAUAGCCCAGUGGAAGGAGCAGAGGGUGAGGAGGACCAGACCCAAACCCGUGAGACUGAGCUACAAAACGCUGCAGACCCCUAUAUCUCCAGCCCACUCAUGGACAGCCCUGUGGGCUACCAGUAACACCAAAUCCCUUCAAAACAAGUGUCCACGUGUCUUUAAGCUGGGGAACACAGAUUAUUAAAUGCUGCAAUGCUGCGUUUUGUCACUGACCUCAGACUCUAACUAAGCUGCCUCACACCUUGAGACUAGAUUGGAUUUAUUUUAAAAGGAUGAAGAGCCUAAAAAGGAGAGGACUUGGAGAAUACAGGAGCCAAAUCAAUUUAAAAAAUCACUUUAGAAAAUAUUACUAUUUGACAUUACAUCACCUGAACUUGUCUCAUAGACACAUCAGUCUCAGCAGACAAUAGCUUCAAGCUAAUGUACAGAAUAUUCCAAUUAAACGCUCAGAUGAUCCAUGAUUUUAGCUUCUUCUACAGCUUCAUUUGCAAGUUAAAAGGGUACAAAGUAAUGAUGGAAUUGCUUUCAGGCUGUGAUCAGAAAGAUGCUGCCCAUGCUGUGCCUCUUGGACACAAACGGAGGUGAAAGUUCCCGUUAGAGUGGGUGGUGUGAGCAGGCUUGCCCCGGCAGACUGAAAGAGUAGUCUGGGCACGGGUGAUAUCUGGUUCCUCUGUGAGGCUGAGGGUGAGGGCAGCUAGUUGUGAAGCCAUCUGCAGUGAGAGCGCAGACAGACGGAGGGCCGAAUGUAACUCAGAGAUGUAUGUACACUCUCUCCACAGAGGCGUAAGCAGCUUGACUGAGCCUGAAGCUCAUUGUAAUUAUUUUUAAUUUAAGGUUGCUAUUUUUUGCUACAGUACAUUUGGUGUUAUUGAUAUUGUGCUCGGGGUUAGGGGUUGGCGGCAUUUGAGAUUGGUCAUAAAUUAGCAGACAUUUCCCAGCUUAAUGAGAACAUCUCAUGAUUAUUCUCUGUGGACUUUGUAUAUGAUCCACCAUUGCAUUUAUAUUUGUUUUAAAUGCCUAGUUUGACUUUUUCACAUUUAUCCCAAAAACCCAGGGCUGACAUAGAGAGCGCUUCUUCCACUGAGAAAGCUUUAUCUUCAUUAGCCAUAUAGAAAAGAAAAGUUUUGAUGCUAAAUUUAGUUUCCAUAAGCCACUACUUCGCUAAGUUUGAUAAAAUUCAGUUUGGCAUUUGUUCAAACUGUUCUUGUUAGAAAAAAACAGAGUCACAGAAACCAAAUGGCACAGAAAACAUGCUCCCACCAAAGAAGCGAAUGCACAGAUACCAGUUUGUUAGCUUAGCUUUGUGCAAAGACUGGAAACAGGGUUAGCCCAGAACAAGGGACAGGACUAUUUUUCUGGCUGAGCACAGAAACUUUCAGAAAAGUUAUUGUAAAUUUGGCUGGUUGCUAGUUGUUACAAAUUUAGAAGAUUCAUACGUGAUACGUGAGUGAUAUCAAUCUUUUCAUCUAUCUUUAAACAAAAAAAGGAAUUCCUGAGAAUCUAGCUAGCUAUUCUUUUUGGCUACACGCUAUGGUAACAAUAGAGAAAAAUCCAGGAAUUUAUCAUGGACGAUAGCAGAAUAAAAAUCUCUCGAAGUUAUUCAUUCAAUUGACUAUGUGAAACAUUUAAAUUAACGUAACCCUGUGUUAAGGCUGAAGCCAAUAUAUUAACAUAUUUAAGUUGUAAAAAUCCCUAGAAAAUAUAUAUGCUGUUGCUUAGUCAUUUAUUUGUAUCAAUUAUUUGUAUCAAUUUGUCUGAUGUUGGUCAAAUAUUUCUGUGCUAAAAUUAUGUUUUGUCAUGUUCCCAAUUCAAACAGUAAAACUGAAAUACUACCAUGUUGUUGUGCACUUUCAGUUGCAUUCACCCUAUCUGUCAAACAACUGCAUGUUUACUAUGUUGUGUAAUGAAGUAUUGAUCAUCCAUACAUCUGUAAGUUUACAGGUUUUGUAUUUUGGGGUUAUCUUUAUUUCCUCUUGGUGAUGUUUCUCAUGAAUCUGAAUGUCAGCUGAUUGCAGUUUGUUUCAUGUUUUCUGCUGUGCCUUGAAUGAACACCCCCUCCUUUUUUAGUGUGACAAUCCAGCAUGGCCUGGCAUAUGCUGCAUGGACUGAAAACCUCACGGAAGAUAAGCAAGUGAUGAAAACACCUACAUAAAACCAGGGGGUGACAUCUUUCCACUGAGGUAUCAACAAAACAAUCUACAAGGUCCAUCCAACAUCAGCAAAUGAAUCACAACUGAGCAGACUUGUUUCUUCUUGAAUCCCAAGAAAUGGGAUCAAAAGGAGUGGAGCAGCCAAUUUAUCACAGGGCUGAAAGUAAAGAGACAAAUCCAACUGCAGGCUGAAUUUGUGUCUCAACAUCAAAGUUGUGUAGCUUUUUUUUUUUCAAUCUAUCAAUUCAGUUGUCAUUUGCUGUAUUUUUGGACUAUAAAGAUCAAAUAAUAUGUAUGGCCAAGCUCUUUGCAUAAGAUAAAAUGUUCAUCCAAUGUCUGAUUCAUCAACUCAUCUGACUACAGAGAAAGCACUCUUCACCUCAAGCUUCUCUGAGAUCAGCUCAAAAGCCUCUUGUUGUUGAGUAGAGUUUUAAUCCAUUUUGUCCUCUGACAGAAUGUAUCAUAAUAUGUUGCUUUCAGUUGUGCUUUUGUAAGAUGAAAUGUAUUUUGCUCUGGUUUAUGAGGAAUAUCAUUGUGGUUCUGAUUAUGUAUAUAACAGACGAACGCUGGCAGUCAGUGCAGAGUAUUAUGAAGUAAAAUCUGUUUGGAAAAAAAAAAAAA